AGAACCCCUCCUCCGUGCGUCCGCAGGCACUGGGCUUUCUCUCCGCUCGGAACAGGCGCAGUGUGUGCGUGCAGCCUCUGAAUGGACUAGUUUCCCCAGCCACGUAAGAAGCAGCACCACGACACAGGGAGAGGAUGUCCUGCUAAACCACCGGGAUAGGCCUGGAAAAGUUGGCCGUUAUCCCUUUAUAUCCUUUCCAAACCUCGCCACACCAGAACCAACGAAAACGCACGAUAUUUUUCUUCCAUUUCAACAAGAAACCGGCCAAAAAGGACUCGGCGCGCACAAAGAACAACUGCGUUUUCCGAUGCGCUUUUUUGCCGCUGUGGUAGAUGACAAUUCCCGUGCAUGGAUAAUACGAUCUGCUGGAACGAGGCCGUGCACUGACCUAGUACUAGUUUAGCAAAAGAGGCUAGGUGGUUAGCUCUGCACCUGCUGGCACAGUUUGUCUGUCGAUUUACGUAACAUUAUCUAAAGAAAAAAACCUCCUAGACCUAGUUUGCUUGCGGGUGAUGGUCGUACUCGCAAGCUGCAUACGUGAAAUUGUUUCGAUUUUACGAAACGUGCCAUAAAAUUCCUGCAAAAUAAGCUAGCGAAGGAGAUUCUCGCUUCAUUCAUUGUAGAAAUUGACUUUUUGUAGCCUUUGUUUAAGAUUUUCCGUCGUUGAUCGAACUGUUUUUUGUUAAUGAAAUUGCAGCAGGUCUGUAAAGCGUAGUGGACAGGGCCAGUAGUAGUUUAAUCCUGGUCUUUUAUGUUAAAUCGAUCACAAAGGAAUCAAGUUUAUAGCCGGAUUGCACAUGAAAUUACGCGUACUUUGUGAAUGACUUCCUAUUUGCCAACGUGCAGAUAUUAGCGUGCAUAUUUUCCAUUUGAGGAAAGUCUAGUUUAUCCAUUUAUUUACUUGUUUAUUCAAAGUUUGGCUCGGUGUCUGACAUUGCAUCAGGACGCAAACGAGGCAAGCCAAGCGAUUUUGUGGAGCUCUUUCACCAUUCCUCAUGAACAUACAAAGGUCAAAUCCUAUUAACAUUUCACGUUAUGGGAGAUCGCGACACAAAACGCACGAUUUUGAAGAAUUAUCUUGUCUAAGGACUACAGAGAGUUUCAGCCCCAACCUCGGAUCGCCAAGUCCGCCCGAGACCCCCGACUCUUCCCACUGUAUCUCCCGGAUCGGGGAUUACCUUUUGUUGGAACCAUUGGAGGGAGACCACGUUUUCAGAGCCGCCCACCUGCACAGCGGGGAAGAGCUCAUAUGUAAAGUCUUCGACGUUGGCCGGUACCAGGAGUCUCUGGCGGCCUACUUCGCCCUGGGACAGCACCAACACAUAAACCAAAUCCUGGAGAUCCUUCUGGGCGAAACCAGGGCCUAUGUGUUCUUCGAGAGGAGUCACGGGGACAUGCACUCUUUCGUCCGCACCUGUAAGAAGCUGCCAGAAGAAGAGGCUGCCAGACUGUUCCACCAGAUAGUAUCCGCUGUAGCACACUGCCAUGACAAUGGACUGGUCCUACGAGACCUAAAACUCAGAAAAUUUGUCUUCAAGAAUGAGGAGAGAAACCUGGUGAAGCUGGAGAGCCUGGAGGACACGUACAUCCUGGACGGUCUCGACGACUCCCUGUCCGACAAACACGGAUGCCCCGCCUACGUCAGCCCCGAGAUCCUCAACGCCAACGGCAGCUACUCCGGGAAGGCCGCGGACGUGUGGAGCCUGGGUGUAAUGCUCUACACCAUCCUCGUGGGGCGCUAUCCAUUCCACGACAUCGAACCGGGCUCCCUGUUCACCAAAAUAAGACGGGGCCACUUCAACAUCCCAGAGACUUUAACUCCCAAGGCGAAAUGCUUGAUCCGCUCCAUCCUGCGUCGCGAGCCAAACGAAAGGCUAACGUCCCGCGAGAUACUUGCGCACCCUUGGUUCGUCUCCUCCGGGGGGCUGGGGGGCGCCACGGGUCACGGCAAAGCGGAGAGGGACCAAGAGCAAACGGUGCCUGAUGUCAACAUGGAGGAGGAGCUGGAGCAGUUUUUCAGUUGAGUUUGAAACAUCCAAUCCAAGCACAAUCGGACAUCGCCAAGGUCAGCCCGCCAAGCUAAGCGCACACCCGGGCCAAAACGAGUAGUGAAAUAGAAAUAGAUGAGCGUUUGUCACUCUUUAUAAAGGUUUUUCCAUCUUGUUUUCCGUUCCAUCUUUUUUAAAUUGGAAAACCUCGAGCCUGGUUUGACAAAUGUUAUCUAAUCGUCACCUGGUACAGCACCCAGCCUGAGCCUGAACGGGGGGAGGGUGCUACCAAUCAUGCAAGUCGCAAAUGUAGCAAUUGUUGUUUUCGGUUUAUGUGGUGCUCUUAAAGAUAGAUUCAUUGGCCAUUUCUGACACUAUGUAUGGAAAGCAUGAAGGGACAAACGACGGGAAACGAAAGGAGAAGAAGAAAUAAAGCUGACCAACUGCAGCACCGCACCUUUUCCAUUGCGUUUUCUUUUAGUGUCCGCAGACCAACGUCGUCAUCAACAUGGCUAAUCUCAUUUCGUUGAAGUUAUAUUUUAAUGUUUUGUUCUUUGAAUCAUUAACAUAAGUAUUUUCAGUUCAUUUUUACUUCUUCAUCUGUCUGUUUUGAGUUGUUUUCAGUACUAUCCAGUCAUGAAAGCUGCCUUCGUCACUCCCAAAGCUCACUCAACGGUUUCCUGAUUAACCCAAAAAAACAUCAUGCACUUACUGUGUUAGUGAAUGGACAGUUCAACCUCUAUGAAAUUAGCUUCCUCUUAUUUAAAUGAAUUCUUCAGUUGUAGAAACAAAAGAGCAAAACAUUUAUUUAAAUUGUAACAGUGAUAUAUAAAUAUAUAAAAUAAAUAUAUAUAUAUUUAAAUCUAAGUACAUUGCAGGGUUUUCUUUCUUCGGAGAUUCCUUUUUCAUGUAUAAUGUAGGCAAUAUCUCGACACAAGACAGGCGAGGUCUGUCUGAAGUUUUGUAUCAGACUUUUCUGUGCCAGUUUUCUCGCAAUUCUUUCUGUUCAAACCUGGCGCAGAUGUUCAGUUGAUUCUGGCUGUAGGACCUUUACUUUUCUAUGCCUGCGUAGGUCCUGUGAUCUCAGAAUACAGAGUACAGUGGACUUUUGGUCGUAUUUCAAUGUUCUUCAGUUGUGUUUUUUAAUCUAGUCAUGGCAUGUACCCCAUGGAUGCUAUAGCUCGCCUCACGGGGAGGAAGGGAGGGAGGGGGGAGCUUGUUUUUCUUACAAAAUUUCAACGUAAACAUGUUAAAUUUGCUACUUUCUGAGUUGCUUUUUCAAUAAUCCCGACUAUUGCUUUACUGGUUUUGUAGACUGAGCUCUGUUCUUUCAGUUGGUGCUGAUUUGGUGCUAUGUUUAGUCCUUUAGUUUCAUGGAGGGAGGAGGUGCAUGGUGGUAUAUCUGCCUCACAUGUUCUGAUUGUAUUGUAACAGAUUCUUGUGUUUUGUCCAAAUUUAUUCAGUAAAUAAAUUGUGAACUGCUACUUUCA